AUGAUAUCGUCACAACCGCCCUUGAACAUUGUUGUAAUCGGAGGCUCUCUGGCGGGACUGAUGACCGCCGUGGCACUGAAGCAAAGCGGUCAUAAUGUGACAGUCAUUGAAAAAGAAGACAAUGAACGGAAAAGCCACAUGGCUGGCGUUUGUCUAGGACGUGAUGCUGUGGAAUAUCUCGAAAAGUACGAUCGCAUUCAGGGCAUCUUCUCCCACCAGUCGCAUCGUGUUCAGGCCCUUGUGGGCGACGACAAGCUGAAAACCUUUGUCAAUGGCCGUCGAGAAAUUACAAACUGGGAUACCAUGUACUACCGGCUUCGUUCCAACUUUGACGGCUAUGCAAGCGAUACCUACCCUACAUCCCCUUGGCCCUUCCCAGCAGAUGGUCAGGGUGUGUAUCAUGCUCAAAAGGAGGUUCUCGAUAUUCAACGUGAAAUACAACCUGACGACGACGACGGCGAGAAGAAGACGACAAUGAGCCUCACAUUGCUGGACCGCAAAUCAGGAGACAAGGCCACUAUACAAGCCGACCUAGUGAUUGGUGCAGACGGCCCGGAUUCUUUUGUGCGAAAUAAGUACCAAGGCCACGUUGAGCGGAAAUACGUUGGCUAUAUUGCUUGGAGGGGAACUGUCCCGGAGAGUGAAGUGUCGGAAGAAACCCGUCACCUCUUCAGACGCAGCGUCACUGUGUUUAUGAUGGACAAGCAGCACUGCAUCGUGUACACGAUCCCUGGCAAGAACGGAUCGCUUCAGCCCGGCGAAAGGUAUCUCAACUUUCUCUGGUACACAAACGAGACAGAGGAAUCUUUGGACGAAAUUUUAAAGGACGGCCUCGACGGCCAUCGCCAUCACAACAUUGUCCCGUCCGGUCGUGUGCGACAAGAUGUCUGGGCUGAACGAACGAGGCAAGCCAAGGCGCUGCCACUCAGCAAACCAAUGCUGGAGAUCUUUCUGAAGAUCCAGCGUCCUUUUAUUCAGGUCAUCACCGAUUUCUGCUCACACCAGGCAGCAUUUGAAGAUGGCAAGGUCCUGCUGGUUGGCGACGGACUGUCGCUGUUCCGUCCGCACACAGCCUUCAGCGGCACCCAGGCGGCGUUUCAUGCCCUUUGCACGGCUGAGUUCGUCAAUGGCAAGGCGACCCUGCAGCAGUGGGAGAGCAAGGUUCUUAGGUACUCGCGGCUGCACUACCUGCAGAGCAACUGGUAUGGCGACUUUUACCAAUAUCCCAUGUCGACGGCCCUCGUGGCUGCUGUGCGCUACUGGACCAUGUGCGGCGUCGAUCGCGUCUUGUCCUGGUACAGCGGCGAUGUUCCGCUCUUGCGCACAGGCACAUUCAAGAGUGAAGCGUACGACGACGAAUAA